AACGUGAUGUGAUCGAAUUUUUCUGGCCUCAAUGCUUUUCUUUUAGGAAACUUUAUUGGUUAACGCGCUUUUUUAAUACAACAAUUAAAAUGUCUGAACUGGACGGUACCGCUCGUGAGAUUCUUUUCACAAUACCAGAGGACCUAAAUAUCCAAUCGAUGGCCGUUCUUCUCAACAGUGGGGAUUUAUGCUUUAAUGGUUAUGAUGGUGAAUUUAAGCUAAUGUGCAUAGAUUUUCAUUCGAAGGAGGUUAGAAAUAUUGCAGUAACGUCAUCUAGCAUAGAUAGAAUAACUGCCACGAACAAUAGUAUCUAUUGGCAUAAUUACGACAGCAAGGCGUUUGAAGGUGUUUAUUCUGAUGGAACACGCCAUCCAAGUAUACAUUUUGACCCGGGAUAUUACGUGGAUAAAUUAAUUGCUUUGGAAGACUAUUGUCCUCAAGGCAUCAAUCCAUGCCAAAUGAAUAAUGGUGGAUGUCCGUUGGAUACUAUUUGUUUGCCAAAUCGAAGCUCAUCAUCUGGAAAAAGUUGUAAACAAAUAAAGCUAACAUAGUUUUAAAUAUUUCCUUUUGUUUUGAAUUUCUGUGA